GGAACUCUCUCCUACUACAUCUCAUCAUGGUCCUAUGAUGACGUCCUUACCUGGCAUGAUAGCAAUAAAAGUGAACGGUGAGGACUAUCUUGUAGUAAUCGGUGGACGUGGACCAUCUUCUAAUAAUACUCCACCACAACCUGGUGCCCAGUACAAUGAAGAUGAUGAUAUUCAAAGUUGCAAUGAAGUCCAUAUGUACAGAUUAAAAACUGGUGAAUGGACUUCACCAACUGUCACUGGAGACAGACCACCUCCUAUUGAUCAGUUCACUUUAACAUCAAUAACUAAUACCACUGCUAUAUUGUUUGGUGGUGAGACUGGUAAUAGAUACAGUAAUGAUGUAUAUGUAUUUGAAUUUACUGAUACAUCAGUGAAAUGUAAGAAGUUUUCUAAUCCUGGAGGAUCAGUACAAUGGCCUAAGAAGACAAGUGCUCAUUCCAGU